GUUCUUCUUCUUGUUUACCCCCAGCUGGUUCCCACUUCCUCGCUCUCUCCUUUAUUUUCCUUCUUUCGAUUUUGUUGUUGUUUGGUUUUGGUUUUUCCUGUUUUUGUUAAAUGAUUUGUUAAUGAAAAUAUGGAUCAGCUUUACCUGGAGAUUGAAAUUAGCACGACGAACGCGGUUACAACAAUCUACACGAGCGUCUCUUCGUUUCUGGCCUUAUAUACACACCGCUACAUCAGCCCGAAAAAUGUGCAGGUUAAUUUCGUUAAUUCGAAAAUCGAGGGCGGCCGAAUAGCUUUACGCAGCUCCCAGCUGAGGAAGGAGCUAACGGAGCAGCAUAUCACCUGCCGGGAGGCGGCUACGCUGCCAGCGAUCCGGGACCUGAAGUUGCCCAUCUACGAGAAGGAUGGAAAUACCUAUAUAGCAGGAACCUGUGCCGUUUGCAGAGAGCUUAUUGCCCGGCAAUCCAAUGAGGAACUUAAAAAACUCCUGGGCUUCAAGGGUAGCUGCCUAUUGGCUCCCUCUGAGUCUUCCAUUUGGACGAGAUUCUGCGAACUGGAUGUGGUGGAGGUUGUCAGUGGCCUGCACAAUGGCCAGAUCUUGGAGUCGGUGCCACCGGAGGUUGUGAGAUUCGAACAGCAUAUGAACGAACCGGUGCGAAUGCACAACAUCUACAAGCAGGCAAGGGAACAGGCCAAUCAGACGGAGAAUGGCGACAAAGUGAAGAAGCGUGAUCGCGUGGAGAUCAAGUGCACAACGCCAAAGGAGCAGCUGCUCAUAGAGCAUCGAUUUGCCGAAGGCAUUAGCUUCACCAUAGCCGAUCUCAUCCUUUAUCCCCUGCUCAAGAUCGUCUUCCAGCAUUGCGGCCAGAUGUUACCGCACUUUCCACUCACCAGCACUUGGUUUAGCGAGAUUGAUUCCUUUGAUGAUAGCUGCGCCAGGAUCCUGAAGGAGCUGUAUGUGCCUCACACAGUAAAGACGCCGCCUGGUGAGCUUGGUAUUCCCGACUGUGAGGCCACUAGUCUGUACAAAGCCGAUCCAAAACGCUACAAGCCGCGGAAUCGCAUAUAUACCAGCCAGUCGGAGGUGGAGACAGCUCUGGGAAAACUCUCCGCUUUGCAACUGCAAUUUAACUCGGACUCCAAUGAGAGCUAUGGACAGCAGAUCAUUGACUGGGAGCUAAUAGAGCCUUCUCAUGCCAAGAGCUCAGCUCUGCCAAAGGAGCGGCUGGAACGCAAGCGUCAGCAGCUGGAGAAUAUGGCAAAUGCGGUGGUUUCACUGGCGCAGCCCGGUGACCGUAUUGUCGACUUCUGCAGCGGCACCGGCCACCUGGCCAUCUUGCUGGCCCUCAAAUUGCCUCAGUGCACCGUGAUUGUGAUGGAAAACAAGGCCUUCUCGCUUAGCCAGGCCCAGAAGCGAGCCCUGGAGCUUGGCCUGCGCAACUGCGUCUUCUACCAAUGCAAUAUAGAUUACUUUGUGGGUUACUUUGACAUCGGUGCCUCCCUACAUGCCUGCGGCACGGCCACCGACAUUGUCCUGCAGCAGUGUCGUCGCGCAAAGGCCCACUUUGUCUGCUGCCCUUGCUGCUAUGGCUCCCUGCAGCCCAUGCCGCACAUCUCUUACCCACUCAGCGAGUCCUUUCGUCGGGUUUUGGGCUCGAAGGAUUAUCUGUACAUUGCCCAUGCGGCGGAUCAGGCUCAUGAGAUGGGCACCACGAACUGUAAGCCGGAGACGACGCUGCAGGGCAUGCUCUGCAUGUCUGUGGUGGACACCGACCGCUUGCUGCAGGCUGAGGAGGCGGGCUAUCAGGUGAUCCUCACACGCCUGAAGCCGGAGCAGUGCACGCCAAAGAAUCACCUGCUAGUCGGACGUUUUGUCAAACAGAACUGAACAACUUGUAAAACUGUCACAAAAACUACAAAUAAAUGAAUUUUUCCACUUUUCGAAAAGAUUUUAAAGUUUAUAUUGGGAAUAGUUAAAUCGGGAAAGCAUGGAAGAGAUAACGGGUGCUCUAUGUCCAGGUAAUAACGGGACAUCGUGCGAUCCAGAGCAUGAACAUAAUUAAGUUCAAAUAUUUCUCCAGUUAUAAGACAAGUUGUGAACAUUUCGAUUUUUUGUAUAAAAAAACUAGAUUACUGGCGGAAAUUACUCUAGAAGCUAGAAGAGCUUUUAAAAAUAAUAAAACUAGCCACAUGGUUUCAGGAGUCAUCUCUUACAAACA